AUGGACACUACAACAAACAACAACAUAGAAAAUAAUACAACCGAAAAUAUAAAAAAAGAAGAAAUUUUAGAAAAACAACAACAUGAAGCAAUAAAAGAAGAAUCUACAACAAUAAAAGAAGAAAUUAUUGAAAAACCUAAUAUAAAUAAUAAUAAUAAUAAUAAUAAUAGUAAUAAUAGUAACAAUAAUAAUAAUAAUAAUAAUAAUAAUAGCAGAGAAUCUACAACUAAUAAUAAUAGUAGUGGUAAUAAUAUUAUUAAUAAUAAUAAUAAUAAUAUUAAUAAUAAUAUUAAUAAUAAUAAUAAUAUUAAUAAUAAUAUUAAUAAUAAUAGUAAUAGUAGUAGUAAUAAUAAUAAUAAUAAUAAUUUACCACAAAAUGGGUCAACUCAUAAAGAGGAAUCAACAACAUCUUCAUCCUCAACAAUAAAUUCAAACCCAAACCCAAAUCCAAAUCCAAACCCAAAUCCAAACCCAAAUCCAAAUCCAAUAAAUAAAGCACCGACCAUACAUGGAACAGUAAUUACGACGGCAAUGUUAACAGGUAUAAUAAAUUCAGUUUCAAAUAUGGAUAAUAUUCGAUAUAAUAAUAGUGAUAGUGUUUGGGGUUCAAGAAGUGUUGAUUCUCAUGAAAAAAUAGAACAAAUUGGUGAAGGUACAUUUGGUCAAGUUUAUAAAGCAAAAAAUAAAUCAAAUGGUGAUAUUGUUGCGUUAAAAAAAGUUAUUAUGGAUAAUGAAGUUGAAGGAUUUCCAAUUACAGCAAUUAGAGAAAUUAAAAUUUUAAAAGAAUUAAAUCAUGCAAAUGUUGUAAAUUUAAAGGAGGUUGUAACUUCUAAAGCAAGUGCAUCCAAUAAUCAUAAGGGUAGUGUUUAUAUGGUAUUUGAAUAUAUGGAUCAUGAUUUAAAUGGGUUAAUGGAUUCACCAGCAUUUAAAUAUUUUGCACCAGGUCAAAUUAAAUGUUAUUUAAAACAGUUGUUGGAGGGUUUAGAUUAUUGUCAUCGUAAUAACGUUUUACAUAGAGAUAUUAAAGGGUCAAAUUUGUUACUUGAUAAUAAUGGUAUUUUGAAGUUGGCAGAUUUUGGUCUUGCAAGACCAUUCAAUUCGAGUGAGAAAAAACAAAUUCUAACCAAUCGUGUCAUCACCCUUUGGUAUAGACCACCUGAACUUUUAUUGGGCACCUUUCAUUAUGGUCCAGAGAUUGAUAUGUGGUCUGUUGGUUGCAUUAUGGCUGAACUAUUAUCAAAGAAAACCCUCUUUCCUGGUAGGAAUUCAAUCGAUCAAUUAGAUAAAAUUUAUCAAGUUUGUGGUUCACCAAAUGCAAAUAAUUGGCCAGAAGCAAUGGAUUUACCAUUUUGGGAUGCUUUAAAACCAAAAAGAGAAUAUAAUAGUUUAAGUUUAAAAGAUUUUUAUCAACAUGAAAAUCCAUCAUUUUUUACAAAAGAAGCAUUUGAUUUACUAGAUAAAUUAUUAUGUAUGGAUCCAAAAAAAAGAAUUACGGCAUCUGAAGCAUUAGAUCAUCAAUAUUUUUGGACUGAUCCAAUGCCAGUUAAUCCAAAAGAUUUACCUCAAUAUCCAUCUUGUCAUGAAUAUAGAACAAAGAAAAGAUUAAGACAACAGAAUCAAAAUCAAAAUCAACAACAAAAUCAACAACAACAACAACAACAACCACAAAAUCAACAUCAACAAUCACAAUAUCAAGGCGCAAAUGUAAAUCAUCACAACAAUCAUAAUAAUAAUAAUAAUCAACCACCACCUUAUCAAAAUGGUAGUGGUAGUAAUAAUAGUAAUAAUUUUAAAAAACAAAGAACAGAUUAUAAUCAACCACCACCACCACCACCAUCAUCAUCAUCAACAUCAAGUUCGACUCAACAACCAUUUAAUAAAGGACCUUAUGGCCAACCACCACAAGUUCAACCACCUGGUGGUAGUUUUGUUAAUGGUGGCAACAAUAAUUAUCCACAAAAUAGAAAUACUUUACCUCAACAGGGCGGAGGCGGAAAUAGACCACCACAAUCACAACAAAAUAAAAAUAAUUUUCCAACGAAUAAUAAUAGUAGCAGUAAUAGUAGAAAUCCAAGUCACAGAUAG